UCUCGUUUGGCACGGAGUGCCAUACCGUCGGCGUUCGGAGUUCGGAGUGCCAUGACUCCGGGCUAAACCGUCCAUGGCAGCCAGACUUCGCCUGUCGCCGUACUACUCCAAACUGGCCCAGUUUGCUGCCAGUGACGAUGACAAGAAGCUUGGUCUGGAUGUUGAUGCCAAGGCCUCCGAGGAGAUCACAGCAAUCUGUCGGCACUUCGACUUGCUAUGCGAGGUGCUUCCAGCCCCUCCGGGCUCAGUAGCGUCGAAGCGACUGACGAUCAGCAGAUCGGCCAACAACUUCGAUGAGGCAGAGCCGGAAGCGGUGAGCGUUCAACCAAGACCUGUGGUGGUCAGCGGAAAGGCUCGUCUUGCCGAGCGCUACGGGAAAAAGCCUCCAAAGGCGGCCGUGGAGGCUGAAGACCUGCUGGAGAGGAGCGAUCUGCCGAAGCUUGCAGACUUCUAUAGAGCUUUGGUUGACGCAUAUCCAGGUUUCCAUGUUCCAUUGGCCAAAUUACUCACCCAGAACUUGCGCGCUGCUGGUGUCUCUGGGGCAACCUCGUCGUCAAGUGAGGCAAAGAAGCGGAAGAAGAAGGAGAAGAAGAAGGAGAAGAAAAACAGAAAGAAGGAAAAGAAGCAGAAGAAAGCCGAGGAGGACUCGAAAGUUGAAGACGACGACAAGCAAAAGCUGGAGCAGAAGGAAGAGGAGAACAGCCGCUCGGAUGAGCGAGAAGAGACGACUCCGGCUCCCAUCAUCGAUCUAGAACUUCCGACAGCGGCAGAGGUGGAUGAAGAUUUAAUGAAAGAAUUGGAAUUUGAACGAAAGAGGAAAUUACCCCAGAAUUAAAACAUUAAAUAAUAUAUUACAUUAUAUAUAUAUAUUAUAUACAAUAAC